UAAUUCAUGGUUAUUGAUUAGCGAAAAAACCAGGCAAAUAUUAACUUACAUAACGAAAGAAAUCGAAAACAUACAACGACAAAAUAUGAUCUCAAAGCUGAAAAACGUUUUGAAAUUCGCACAAACGGAAAUGAUGACGCAGGUGAAAUAUUUUUAGAACAAUGUUUUUCCUUCUAAUUGGCUGUGAUUGGCAUUUAUUAAUUAUUAGGUACUUGUAAGAGCCAUUCCGUUAUAAAAAUAGUGCCCUUGGAUUAGAGAUCUAAAAGAAUCGAAACGUCAGUCGAUCUGGCUAUUAAAACGAUACCAAAGAUUGGAACCAAAACAACAUCGCACAAUCAUCCGAUACAGUGGAUUUAAGCUUGUGAUGGAGGAAAGUCUUUUAGAAUGUAGUUCAUCCUUGCAUAUCACCGUUCUGCAUGUCAGGUGACUUGGCGUGACUUCUGCGUGACCGAAUGAUGUCGUGACCCGUUCAGCGCAUACGGUCGAUCAAGUGACCGCUUGAGCUACUUUUAAGGAUUUCGACCCUCGUCGUAGCAAGCAAAACACGAGCUACAUCAGUCGUAUGAUAUGGCAGAACACAGGUGUGACGUGUUUUAUAGGAUUGUUGGUAUUCCCUGUGGUCAUUGGCUUAGCGAUUGGAUAUCUUAUCGUACUAGGAGGCGUGACAGGGUACAGGAAAAUCAAUACAAGAAACAAGAAUAAUGAUAAAAAUAAAGAUGGUUAUCAGCGAAUCAAGGUUGUGUUGGGGGAAGAAUUAGUAGAGAGUUCUUUCCCUGACACUGUGUCGCUCAACGUACAAGAUGGCGCACGAGAUAGAUCAAACUCUCAACCCAAAAAGUAUUAUAACCAUCGCUUGGUAAACCAGAACACAGACAAUGGAUAUGUGAAAACAUUUAGGCAACAGGAUGGCAGGGAAUCAGCGGAAGAUACUGCGCAUGAGUUGAACCAGGAAUACCGCAGUGCAGACGAGAGUGAUGGCUCAAGUCUGCAUGCUUCAAUGGAGGACAAUAUUGAUAAAACAGAAGACGAAGAACACGAAACGAGAAGAAAAGAACAAAGGAAAACUAGGUCUAACAGGACUUAUCACAGUCCAAAGAAAUUAAACACAGUUGAACUUGACAAGUUACUAUCUCCCGACUCACCAGAACAUGGGACACUUGGAAAACUGCGCUUUGCGCUUCACUACAACGCGCUGAAUAACGAACUGCAAGUGAAUAUAAUCAAAGCCUCUAACCUCCCUAUUUACGACAACAGGGAGGGUGUUAACCCGUAUGUAAAGAUAAGUCUUCUACCACAGCAGUUCUGUUGGCAAAGGACUAAGAUUAUAGAGAACAACUCUAACCCUGUCUUCAACGAAAGCUUCGUUAUUUCAGGAUUUUCUAAACAGAGAAUCGAUGAUUACACUCUACGUUUCUGUGUGGUGAAUUACCAUGAUCAGUUUAAAGAUAAUUACGCUGAUGAUGUGUUGGGAGAUAUUCACUUUCCUCUAACUGCACUCAAUACUAUCGAUAACAAACCAACUGCAUCGAUCACUAAAUGGAUGAACCUGCAGCCUGUCCCCGUUGGCAGAAAGCUUGAACCAGAAGAACUUGGGGAGAUAUGUGUAUCCCUUUGUUACCGACCAAUCAGCGGUCGUUUUAUUGUCACGCUGACCAAAGUUCGUGGUCUUCCCAAAGUAGCACUUGAUAGAACAGAUCCCUACAUCAAGAUCUCUCUCUUCUGUGACGGAAUAAGGAUUUCCAAAGCAAACACAAGAGUCAAGAGGAAAACUCUCAACCCAAUCUACAAUGAAAAAUUUAACUUCAACGUAACAUCGGACCAGAUCUCCCUUACCACAGUCGUACUGAAGGUCGUCAAUCACUAUGACGUCACGCACGGUGGCGGCGGAGGCCUAGGGCAAGUAAUACUCGGUUAUAAUUCUCAAGGGUCUGGGCAAGAGCAUUGGAAUGCAAUGGUGGAAUCACCAGGCAGACAUGUGGAGAAAUGGCACAAAGUUUACAAGGAUAACUCGAUAUAGAGAAAUAAACCAACUGGUAUUGGUUAAUUCUUCGAGGAUUUGAGAAGACAGGACAAAAAGUGCUAAUAAUCAUGCCAUAAUGCUGACUGCAGCACAAGUUGGCCAGUCGAGAAAACAUGCUAAUAACGUGCUACGUUACUAUGGUAUCGCUACUGAAUACACCAAUGAGAGUACGUUAAUGAUCAUAGUGAGUAACAGUACCUAAUCGUACGAGAAAAUAUGAUGAUUAUGGUAUGAACACCGAAAACAUGUCAUCAACCAUCAUCUCAAUCGCCUUGAGAAACGAGGUGUUUGAAGAAGAGGAAAAAACAAACACGCGAUUUCCUAACCACACUCGCCUUCCUAUCCAAGAUGCUAAAGAUGCGCAUAGAACAAGAACAUCAAACAGAUCGGAUCAAGAUAGAUCAGGAUAGGUCAGGAUAACCACACAUUCCUGUCAUCAAGCGAAGGCCAUAAGAACGACAACCACAAACAAACCUUGCUUACGUUACUGCACGUACUGAUCACUUCUACUGAUAAUCGAUUCCACAGCCUUCGAUAACACUCAGCUAUGUUACGACAGCAGAUACAAGGAGAGCGAGCGCAGUGAUGCCUUUGGACAAAGACUCUACAGUUAUUGAGUUUCAUUUGGGCCUAGUUGAGCAGGAGCCGAAGGGCUGCAUGUCCAAUACAUUGAUGCUGCGUGCGCUUUACGAGAGUAAAGGAACAGCGUUAUAAUGAACAGAACUUGAACUUGUCUUGUGUUAUAACUUGUAAAAAGGUUUGUUUUAUCUCGUUUAUGUACACACAAAAAAAAUUCUAGUAGAAAAAAAUAAGACAUACAAACAUAAUAUAUAAAAAGGGGCACCUUUGUUAUUCUAUAAACUAUUGCGAUAGAUAUAAUAUUAUUGUAGAGAGAAUGAUAUUAGAAUGGCGCUUCAUGUUGACAGCAAGAAUCACCUAUGCAAAAAAUACUAUGUUUUUAAGUAUAAGGUUAGUUUGGACAGAAAAUAAUAACAAAUUCAUAGGAUUGUAUCAAUAUUUAAAUAACCUUAAGAAAACUCCAUUAUAAAAUACAAAUUAUGGGUCUCUUGCUAUAGUACAUCAGAUGGAUGACCAUCACUGGAAUAUUACAGGACCUUUUAACAUUAGACCCAAUGUUUUCGCACCCAUUUCAGACCACGUGUCAUUCUCUUGAAAAUAAGAUUCUUUGUUUGAGUGGUAUCCAUCUUCGUUUGUCAUCUCUUGCGCAACCGUUAAACAAAGAAAUAAGACUCUAGGGAUUAAAACGCGGUCUGAAAUGGGAAAACUGAUGUCCAAGGUAAAGAGAUCUAUUAGACUUGUAGUGGAUAUUUUGUAGGUAAUCCUUAAUUCUCACUUUGAAAAAACAUGUUAUAGUCCACGCAAUCCUCUACUUAUAUCGAUUGAUGCAUUGGUAAUGUACCCUUCUCGAUAAGGAAUCGAUUCCUUCCGAUGGGGUAACUUGGUGACCACGCUUCCUUCCUCGUGGAGCGCAGAACGAUUUGAAAUGAAGGACAUAGCAUUAAAAUAUUGAAGUUCAAAAGAAUAAGUAUCCAUAAUGAAAUAAAAACUAUAUGUCUAUUUGAAAUUGAUUA